AUGAAUGAUAUAAGAUUAAAUGAAAAGAAUAAAAAUUUUAAAUAUAUAUUAGGAAUAGAAGGAAGUGCUAACAAAUUAGGUAUAAGCAUAAUAAAUGGAGAUAUGAAAAUAUUAGUAAAUAUGAGAAGAACUUUUGUUUCUGAAAUUGGAUGUGGUUUUAUACCAAGAGAGAUUAGUUUACAUCACAAAUAUUAUAUUGUAGAUAUGAUUCAAAGUUGCUUAAAUAAGCUAAAUAUAAAAAUAACAGAUAUUUCUUUAAUAUGCUAUACUAAAGGACCAGGCAUAGGUUCCGCUUUAUAUGUUGGUUAUAACAUAUGUAAAAUUCUAUUCUUACUUUUUAAUAUUCCUGUAAUUGGUGUUAAUCAUUGUAUUGCUCAUAUAGAAAUGGGGAUAUUUAUAACUAAAUUGUAUCAUCCAAUUAUAUUAUACGUAAGUGGAAGUAAUACACAAAUAAUUUAUUUUAACGAUCAUAAAAAAAGAUACGAAAUAAUAGGUGAAACAUUAGAUAUUGCUAUUGGGAAUAUUAUUGAUAGAUCGGCAAGAAUUCUUAAAAUCUCGAAUUCCCCUUCACCAGGAUAUAAUGUAGAACUUUUAGCUAGAAAAAAAUAUAUGCUAAAUAUUUUGAAAAAACAAAAAAAUAAAGCUAUAAAUAUUUUAAGUGAAGAAAAUAAGCUUAAAAAUAUGAAUAUGCAGAAUAAAAAUACAAAUGACAUUAAUAUUAAUAUUAUUGAUCAUGUAAAAACAGAAGAUAAUGAUUCAUCGCUAAAAGAAAGUAAUGUGAUUAAUACGAAAUGUACUGCUAAAAAUAAUGAUGCAAAUGAUAUUUCAAAUGAUAACUAUGAUUAUACUGAAUUACUUUUUUUCCCAUAUACUAUUAAAGGAAUGGAUAUAUCCUUUAGUGGAUAUGAUUUUUAUAUUACCAAAUAUUUUUCAAAAUAUAUAAAUAAAAAUAUAAAAAAGACGAAAAUGAAUUCUAAAAAUAAUAAAAAUGAGAGCAAAUGCAGAGAAUAUAAUAAAAAUAUAGAGAAAAAAUGUAAAACUGAAAAUAACUCUUGUGAUACGUCUUCGAAAAAAGAAGAAAAACUGAAUAAAAACAAUUUGAAAAAAGAAGAAUACAAAAAUUGUUAUGUUUCAGAAGCAAAAAAUUUAAGCACUUCUGAAAAACAAAGUCUCUCAUUUUCUAAUAAUUCUAGUAAAUAUAGUAAUGUAAUUAAUAAAAAUGAAAAGGAAUUUAAAAAAGAUAAUGAAAUAAAAACAGUUGUAGAUGAAAAGAUUUCCAUAAGUAAAAUUGAUAAUAAAUUAGAUAAUACUUUAAGUAACAUAUCAUUAAUUAAAGGAAAUUCAUAUUAUGAAGAUAACAUCAUUUACAAAUGUGAAAAUAAAAAAAAUUAUGGGGACAAUAAUAAAUAUUUUGAAGAAGAUUGUUCCAUAGAAACCGACAGUGAUUUUUACGAAAAAUGUUUAAGUGAAGAAGAAAAAGAAAUUAUAAAUUUAAGUGAUGAAGAAAAAAGAAAAAUACAAAUUUGCUAUAGCUUACAACAUCAUAUAUUUAGCAUGCUCAUAGAGAUAACUGAAAGGGCUAUUUCAUUUACAAAUAGCAAAGAAGUUAUAAUAGUAGGAGGAGUAGGAUGCAAUUUAUUCCUUCAAAAUAUGAUGAAAAAAAUGGCAAAACAAAAAAAUAUAAAGAUAGGUUUCAUGGAUCAUAGUUAUUGUGUUGAUAAUGGUGCAAUGAUUGCUUAUACUGGUUACUUAGAAUACAUGAAUUCAGAAGAUAAAAAUAUUUACAAUUUUGAAAACAUAAGUAUACACCAAAGAUAUAGAACGGAUGAUGUUUUAGUAACUUGGAGAUAA